AAAAGAAAACUGUCAAUGCAAAUGUUUGUUUUGCUUAUGCAUUUUUCAAAAAAUCAAUAAUUAUUACCUCUAUAAAAAUUUCACUUACAGUCAUCAAUCUUUUUAGAUUUCUUGUAAUGAAUUAGUUUUAAAAAAUUAUGAAAAUAAUGUCUGCACGAUAUUUCUACCGCGAUGAUAGUUUGCCCUCAUCCGACUCUGACUCGGACUAUCAGGAAGUGCAAUAUUCGUCGAGUAGUGUCGAUAGAAGUAGUAUCGGAUCAAUUCCAUGGGCAGACGAUGCCAUCAAACAAAACCAAUUGGAUUGGGAAAAGGUCGAGAGGAUGUUCUGUGGCGAACAAGACCUCUCCGAAGCCCAGCCCGAGCUGAAGAAUGAAAUUCUCGAAUGGCACAAAAAGUUCCCCAAUAUAUUGCGCUCGAAGAGACCUCCCAUGGGAAUUGAUAAGUUUUCAAGUUUGAGCUUCACAUCCGAUGAUUACAAAGACUAUGACGACGAUGAUGAUGAAGAUGAUGAACCAGACGAUGGCACGGUCACCCCCACGAAUGAGGGUCCAAGUUCCUUAUACCAACCAAAGCAUUCAGCAAAGUCUCUGGAACCACUGCCUACCAAGCAAAUAAUUGCACACGAGAAGCUCAUCAACAUGCUUGCGAAUGACCUAAAAAUAAGCUCUAUCCCAAUGGCUGUGAGGCGCUUGGGAAACGUUGCCCCGCUUGACCUCAAACUGAGCGGUCGAAGAGCGCAAAUCAACCGCAAAGAAACCAAUGCACCCCAUCCUGUUCCUAAAUUCACACGCCAAUUCGACAGCAGUUCAGGAAGCAAUCCUGAGCAGAGUCUUUCGAGAAAUGGAUCAAGUUCAGCUACCAUGGCCAGAAUGCCACCCAUUCUGAAAGUCAUGGAAGCAAAACACAACUUUCGAGAAGCCUAUACCAAGCACAAAAGUUUUGUCCAACUAACUGCCACGCCGAAUCAAGCUCAAUCGGCAGCUGUCACUACAAGGCGCAGACGAUGGUUCCCCCAAGGAGCAGCAGCACUUGCCCUUAAUAGCCAAAUCAAUAAGAAUAGUAUCAUUUUGCCAGCGAUAAAUUUGCAGAGGAUUCAUGAAGUGGCUCCUAUGGUGGGUGGUCGUUCGAUUUCAGCUGCGUUUAAUAAUCGACAAAUGAGCUGGACUUAUUUGCCUUAUAGCGCUGCUAAAUUUAAAAUUCCUAAAUAGAAAAAGAAACCAUUGAACCAAGGAGUGGUGUGGUGGUGAUUAUGGUUAUAUAACUAUUUUUAUAUUUAUUCUAUUGUAAGUAUGUAAUAAUAAUAAUAAUUUUGCUUCGUGUACAAAUUUAAUAGAAUAUAAAAUGUUUUUAAACA